GGAACCUAAUGUUAAUGAAGCCGUAGCGUCAUCUCAGUGACAUGAUCCAAAGUCCAAAUGUUGCAACAACGUGCAACAACUUCAGCUACGGAAAGGAAAGGAAAGGAUUUAUCGGGAUAAGGAUUUAAAAUCAUGGCCUCAGUCCUCAUGAGGGAUGACUAAUGCUCCCCUGAACAGGGACCACAGAGGCAGAACGAUGGUUAAAAGCGUCAUGGUAGCCUAUGCCCUGUGGGCAGUAGGUGGGCCUGUGGGCCUUCACCAUUUAUAUUUAGGAAGAGACAGUCAUGCUCUGUUAUGGAUGCUAACUCUGGGAGGAUUUGGGUUUGGCUGGGUCAGAGAGGCCAUACGUAUUCCCGCAUAUGUCGUUGAAGCCAAUCAAGAGGCAGAGAGGGAGAGAAGAGCCACACACACCAUGGUGCCUCCACCUGUAAGUCCUGUCCGCUUUGUUGGACAGGUGAGUGUUGGGAUCUACUUUGGCACGGUGGCUCUGAUUGGACUCAACUCGCUGAGGUUCUUCUACUUGAUCGUCCUGCCUUUAUGUGUGGGUGCAGGCGUGCAUCUGGUCUCCUCCAUUGGCCAGCAGACUUCUGAUCUACAAAAAACCUUGACUGCUUGCCUCAUAACCUCGCCAAUAUUCUAUGGCAGCAGCUUAUCGCCUCUGCCUAUAAGCCUGGCGGCCAGCGUCACCGCUGCACAGAACCGCAGGGCCAAAUUUCCACGGACACCUGGGAGCACGCCGAAACUAGGUCCCCGGCUUUACAGGCUCGGCCUUGCGUGGCUCGCCUUCUCCGCUCCACUGGGCUACUGCAUUUUCCAUAACACCACUGCCACGCUGUACUACCUGUCUGACUGUGUGUCAGCACUGCUGGAUAUUUUCUGGUUCCUGCCUUGGCUCAAAAACGUCCUUGAGUACAUUCUUUUAAUGCCAUAUCGGCUGUUGUGUGUUCUUACUGGAGGGGGGUACUAUGAAGAUGCUUGGAGGAAGGUGCUGGAAAUACUGCUCAAAGAGUACACUGAGAAAGAGAAAGAGGCACUGAAGGUACUUUCAUUGGAGGCGGAGGCGUCUCUCGAAGACAUAACUCGCACCUAUAGAGGGCUGGCCAAGACGUGGCAUCCGGACCACAACCCCAGCAAGGAAGCUGAGGCCAUGUUCAUGAAGAUCCACGAGGCGUAUGUGGUCCUCCUACAACGGCACAAACCUCAUCGCUUCACAUAGCAGCGCUUUAAUUCAGCACUGAGCGGCCUGAGUUGCGGAGGAAAGGUGACUCGCUGAUGGCAUUUCAUUUUCAGUCAUUAGAUUUUGUUGUGCAAGGGAAAGUAAAUCGAGAGCUCAGGCAGCAUCGCACAGCUGUGUGAUCUGUUACUUGGCAGAGGGUGGUCACAAAGAAGCACUUUGCUGUCAUCUUGUGGUUCUACAGGUGUAUUAUCACCCCAACUAUGUGAUCACAACGAUUGUGCUUAUGGUUUAUUUUCUGCUUGCUUGCUUUUAAACGCUAAACUAACAACAGCAAGUAAUUAUUCUAUUAUUUCACAGCAUAAAUACUACAGAAUGUAAUGACCGUGUAAUAAAGUGUGUGAUCGAGACAUGUUGUGGAA